CCGCCUCCUGGCUGUGGUGCGCUCGUUGCGUCUCUCUCCCACUGUCCGCUUCAAACCCAUAUUCCACUGGGAAAGAGAGAAAGGGGGAGAGAGAGGGAGUGAGAGAGAGCAGGACCUGGGAGAAGAGCAACGAAAGAAAAAGAGGAGAGAGAAACGGAACAACGACACAAAUGGCACUCAUGGCAGGGAUUUUGUUCACGGCCACCUUUCUUGUUUUUGGGAUUUCUACAUUUGUUUCGCCGGCACGGAUAUACCCCCCAAAUGAAGUCACGUUAUUGGACUCCAGAUCUGUACAGGGGGAGCUGGGAUGGGUCGCCAACCCGACAGAAGGAGGGUGGGAGGAAGUGAGUAUUAUGGAUGAAAAGAACAUUCCCAUCCGGACGUACCAGGUGUGUAACGUCAUGGAGCCAAACCAGAACAACUGGCUCCGCACUGACUGGAUCCCCCGAGGCGGUGCCCAGCGUGUCUACAUUGAGAUCAAGUUCACCCUGCGGGACUGCAACAGCCUCCCGGGGGUAAUGGGAACCUGCAAGGAAACCUUCAAUCUUUACUACUACGAGUCCAACAACGACAAGGAGCGCUACAUCCGCGAGAACCAGUUUGGCAAGAUCGACACCAUUGCUGCAGACGAGAGCUUCACUCAGGUGGACAUCGGCGAUCGCAUCAUGAAGCUGAACACAGAGGUCCGGGACGUGGGCGCCUUGACCCGCAAGGGCUUCUAUUUGGCCUUCCAGGAUGUUGGAGCGUGCAUUGCGCUUGUGUCCGUCAGGGUCUUCUACAAGAAAUGUCCUCUAGCGGUGCGUAACUUGGCCCAGUUUCCUGAUACCAUCACUGGAGCGGAUACGUCCUCACUUGUGGAAGUUCGUGGCUCAUGCGUGGAUAAUUCGGAGGAGAAGGAGGUUCCAAAGAUGUACUGCGGGGCUGAUGGAGAGUGGCUGGUGCCCAUUGGGAAUUGCCUGUGUAACCCCGGAUACGAGGAGCGCAAUGCAGAAUGCCAAGCCUGCAAGAUUGGUUACUACCGCGCUCUGGCCACUGAUGGCUCCUGUUCCAAGUGUCCGCUCCACAGCUACUCCGUCAGGGAGGGAUCCACCUCCUGCGCCUGCGACAAGGGAUACUUCCGCUCUGAAACAGACCCAGCAUCCAUGCCUUGCACCCGCCCUCCGUCGGCACCCGCUAACCUCAUCUCAAAAGUGAACGAGACCUCGGUAAACCUGGAGUGGAGCGCUCCACGGAGCUCAGGAGGACGCCAGGACUUGACGUACAACGUGGUGUGUAAGCGCUGUGGGCCCGACGGCCGGCGCUGUCAGCCCUGCGGUAACGGCAUCCAUUUCAGCCCCCAGCAGCUGAGCCUGAAGGGAACCAGGGUGUCCAUUAACGAGCUGCAGGCCCACACCAACUACACCUUCGAGGUGUGGGCGGUGAACGGAGUCUCGCCUCAGAGCCCCGGGCCGGAACAGGCCGUGUCCGUGACCGUCACCACCAACCAGGCCGCUCCCUCUCCAGUGACUUCCAUCCAGGCGAAGGAUAUCACGAGACACACCAUCUCGCUGGCCUGGCAGCCACCGGAUAGAGCCAACGGGGUCAUCCUGGAGUAUGAGGUCAAGUACUAUGAGAAGGACCAAAAUGAAAGAAGCUACAGAAUCAUAAAAACCUCAUCGAGGAACACUGACAUCAAGGGUCUCACCCCCCUCACCUCCUAUGUCUUCCACGUGCGUGCUCGCACGGCAGCCGGCUAUGGAGAAUUCAGCGGCCCGUUUGAGUUCAUGACUAACUCCGUUCCAGCUCCCAUUAUUGGCGAUGGGGCCAAUUCCACAGUGUUGCUGGUGUCAGUGGUGGGCAGCGUGGUCCUCCUCAUCAUCCUCAUCAGCGCUUUCGUCAUCAGCCGAAGAAGGAGUAAAUACAGCAAGGCCAAGCAGGACUCUGAUGAAGAGAAGCACUUACAUCAAGGAGUAAGGAUAUACGUUGACCCCUUUACCUAUGAGGACCCAAACCAAGCUGUCCGUGAGUUCGCCAAAGAGAUCGACGCCUCCUGUAUCAAGAUCGAGAAAGUCAUUGGCAUCGGGGAGUUUGGCGAGGUCUGCAGCGGCCGCCUGAAGAUGCCGGGCAAGAGGGAGAUCUGCGUGGCCAUCAAGACGCUGAAGGCCGGCUACACCGACAAGCAGAGGAGGGACUUCCUGUCCGAGGCCAGCAUCAUGGGCCAGUUCGACCACCCGAACAUCAUCCACCUGGAGGGCGUGGUCACCAAAUGUAAGCCAGUGAUGAUUAUCACGGAGUACAUGGAGAACGGAUCGCUGGAUGCAUUCCUGAGGAAGAACGACGGCCGCUUCACCGUGAUCCAGCUGGUCGGCAUCCUGCGCGGCAUCGCAUCAGGCAUGAAGUACCUGUCAGACAUGAGCUACGUCCACCGCGACCUGGCGGCUCGCAACAUCCUGGUCAACAGCAACCUGGUGUGCAAGGUGUCCGACUUCGGCAUGUCCCGAGUGCUGGAGGACGACCCCGAGGCUGCGUACACCACCAGGGGAGGGAAGAUCCCCAUCCGCUGGACGGCCCCCGAGGCCAUCGCUUACAGGAAGUUCACCUCGGCCAGCGACGUGUGGAGCUAUGGCAUCGUCAUGUGGGAGGUGAUGUCAUACGGCGAGCGACCAUACUGGGACAUGAGCAACCAAGAUGUGAUCAAGGCUAUCGACGAGGGCUAUCGGCUGCCCCCACCCAUGGACUGCCCUGUGGCGCUCCACCAGCUCAUGCUGGACUGCUGGCAGCGAGAGAGGGCCGACCGGCCAAAGUUUGGACAGAUCGUCAACAUGCUGGAUAAGCUGAUCCGCAACCCAAACACUCUGAAGAGGACUGGGGGAGAGACCGCUGUCAGGCCUAACACCACCCUGCUGGAGCCAGGGAGCCCCGAGGCAUCUUCGGCCAUGGGCACAGUGGAGGAUUGGCUGCAGGCCAUUGGCAUGGAGAGAUACAGCGACAACUUCACCGCCGCCGGCUACACCACUCCAGAGGCCGUGGUCCACAUGACACAAGAGGACAUGGCUCGCAUAGGCAUCUCCUCGGCAGCGCACCAGAACAAGAUCCUGACCAGCGUCCAGGGAAUGCUGUCCCAAAUGCAACAGAUGCAAGGCAGAAUGGUUCCCGUCUGAGAGAGAUUGAGACAAAGAAUAUGGAAAAAGGAGGCAAAGCGACUUCGUUUCUUAUGAAAAAAAUAAAUAAAUAACAAAAAAGAUUAAAUAUAAAAAAAAAGACAAACUAUGAAAAAAUAGUUUACCUCAUCCAUGCACUUUAAAUUGGAUCUAAAAGAAAAGAUGUUGAUGAAGAAGAAAAAAAGUGGUGAAAAUGGCACUUUUUUAAAAAUCAGACCUUUACCUUGCCCUUUUUUUGUUUGUUUGGAGAAUGCUUCUGUCUGCAGCAUUUACGGAUAGAUGGAGGGACGGCUGGAAAAGUGCUUCCGAGAGGCUAAUCUGGAGUGCCUUUAAUGGUCUGGAAGGAAAAGCGAGGGAAGGGGGAACCGUACCUUUCUUCCUCCUCUUGGGCAGAGUGUUGUUUCUGGAACUUUCUUUCUGGAAUAAUCCGCGGAGCAGAUUUUUUUGAUUUCCUGUGACUGUGUUUAUUGUACAUGAAUUGUUUCUGUGGGACUCGCAGGCUGCCCCGGCCACCAUUGUUCUCUCUCAGCUGGAUCUGUUUGGUAUCUCACAGACAAAAUGGAAGAUCCUGACCAUCAUGUGUAAACAGUGAAUCUCUGAGAGGUUGAGGGUUGGAUUCCGAGGGGAGAUGGUGGUGCAGGGGUGGGCUUAUAUCGGAGCGCUUUUUGUGUUUCUUGCUCUGUUCUGGCCUUGUUUUUCUCCCAGAACGCUGUAUUUUGUUGCCCUCAGGACGUUGCUGAGAAUGUCUUUGAUGUUCCAGAGGAGCCUUCCCACUCCCCUGUCUUCCCAAAAAUGCCCUCCUACACCUCAGAUAAACACACAAUUUGAAUUCUUCCAUUCAUCUCCCCAUCUUAAUCAAAGCCCCGGGCCCCCCCGCUACUGCCGGAGCCUCCGACUCUUCCUCACCACUUCUGAUGGACAGCUGUUUGGACCAGUUGAAUUGGCUUGUUAAAUUGGAUGUGAGAAUAAAGGAACUCAUUGCCAGGAUCUAUUUGGACAAAAGGAUGUAACAAAGGCAAUAUGGAUGCAGAAUGAAUCAGAAUCAUCAGCAUCAUCAUCGCCAAGAAAACAAACAAAUGCCUACACGGAGGAUUACUCAAACCGUCAUCAAGCUGCUGCCGUCCAUCACAAACAGGAUCCCGGUCUUGCUCGCCACAGCCAGAAUUCUUCCUCUUUGUCUUCCUCCUCCUUUUUCCCUCCUCUCCUUGGAGUCUCCUCCAACACCGAGACGACAAGUCCAUCCCCGAGCGUCUGGGACGUCCACUGUCACGACGUGUCAACUUGACAAACUAGCCACCACGCUCUUGUGGCCGUCCAGCGAUGUACUGGAAUUACUAUGAAUGAUUUAACAGCUCACAAAAGAGACAAUAAGAAGAAUGUAAUAUAAUCGAGAAGCCCUGCUCCAGCGGAUAAUGUACUUUUAUUUUGAAAGUUGUUUUUCUUUUGUGAUUUUUUUUUUUUUUUUUUUUUUUUUGGAGGGGGGUUUAUCAUUGUUUUGUUUGCAUGUAAAGUAACAAACGUUUGAUUUGAGCGUGCGAAUGUGAUGAUGUGUGUGCACAAAUGUGUGUGUGUGUGUGUGUGUUGCUGUAUGAGUGACGUCUUUGAAGUACUAUCAGUAAUUGUGUCUGUUUUCAUGCCACUGUGGAGGAAGAGAAGAUAACAGAGAUGUAUUGUUUUUGACAUGGAGAAAGAAAAAAGCCUGUUUUUAUUUUUGUUCUUUGCUUUUGUGUCGUCUAAAAAAACGAUGUGAGGUGUGUUGCUCCCGUUGUGCGACCCCGCUACUCAGCAACAGCAUUUAUUAAACAGCUUUCUGGAAUGCAACGCAAUUCUGCUUUGGCAGUAACAGCGGCCUGCAAAAUGGACACACGGUGACACAGACAAGUGUGACUAAAACCUUCCUGUGCAUAGAAACACGCCGAGAGUUUGGACUCUCCGAGCUUGUGACAAUUUAAGGAGAACAUGUGGGAACCGUCUCUCUCUGUGGAAAUGGGAGCAGUUUGAAAUGACGCGCCUGUACACUACAAAGGAUCAGAGAAGUGAGGAAAAAGGUGUUUAAGAAGGGAAAACUGAUUAUUUUUAUUUUUUCCAGAGCACAUCAUACAGCUACAGGUUUAACCCAAUGGACUAUAUUCCUUUUGUUCCUUUAUCUCUUUAAACUAUACUUAUGCGAAUGUUUUUGAACUCCUAAAUGACGCUUCAUAUACUACAAAAACACCUCCGUCCUUAAUACAGCUCUUCUGCUCUUUCCUUUUUUGGCAAUGUUCUUUUGGGUUUUAUCUAUCGAAAAAAAGGACCUGUUUGGAAAUAUGCAAGACAUGUUGGGAAGGAGAAGGAAACCAGAAUGUACUGUAAAAUACUUUUUUCCUUUACUUAAAUGUUGGACGAUUUGAAAAGAAAAAGAAAAAAAAAAAAUUAACAAAACGCAAGAGUUAAUGUUUGUCAUUGUAUGCCUUCCGAUGCCAUAUGAUCUAGCCAUGUAGAUCUAACAUUCUCCCAAUCUUCUUUUGUACAUUUUUUUUUUGACAUGAUCAUGUUUUUUUUUUCUUGUUUUUUGGCCUUGUUUUAUUUUGUUUAUGUCAAGGAGCUCUAGGUACAUGUAACUUAUGUCAUUUAUUUAUGUCCUUUUAUAUCUAGUUUGUAAAAUAAUAGCCUAAAGUGAAGAAAAUAAAGGGGUGCCAAAGUGCAUUCUUAAUAAAGUAGAAACCAUA